AUGCUGCAGCUGCCUCUGCUGAGCGCAGCAGCCUUCUCCACGGGUCGUGCGCUGCGCCGUGUCGUCGCCGAGCCUUGGAACGCACGCAGCGUUGCUCCAUGCAUGGAUGAGCGCUUUGCUGGGCAGACCAAGUCGGCAGCUGCAGCUGAGCGCUUUGCUGGGCAGACCAAGUCGGCAGCUGCAGCUGCCGUCGCCGUGCAGCAGCUGGACGGGGAGAUCCCGCUCUUUGACUGGGGUGCGGGCCAGGACCAGCUCCCGGCGGAGGAGCUGGAGGCGCUCUUCUACCAGUAUGACCGCGACUCGGACGGCGAGAUUGACAAGGACGAGCUUGCAGAAGCGCUCUUCCGAGCAGGCUACCGGAUCGAGCGGGAGCGCUUCGACGACCUGUUUGUAAAGUUUGACACCGACGGCUCCGCUUCCGGCGAGAGCCGGCCGGAGCGGUCCGUCAAGUUUGCGAUGGACUUGUUCAAGAGCUACGACGUCGACACGAGCGGCUCGAUUGACAAGUACGAGUUUGCCGAGCUCGCGGCGGAGAUCGAGGCCAACUAUAAGCGCCGCACUGCACUCGUCGGCGUCGCGGCGGGCCUGAGCGCCCUCGCAGCUCAAAAGACAUUCCGAGGGCUGUACAUCGAGAGGCGGGCGGAGGAGGCGCAGGGUCGUUUCUUCCCCACUGCGCUGCUCUCGAGCGACCUCGACGAGGCGAUCGCACGCACGCUCUACCAGCGCGGCUUCACGCCUCAGAACACGCUCUUCGCGCACAGCGUCUGCUCGGACGAGGUCAACAACAAAGACGAGCAGCUCGUCGACGUGAUGGGCUUCUCUCUCGGCGGGCUGGGCGGCCUCCCCUUCGCCGGCAAGUCCGGCUUCCGCGCCUACCUGCACCACGUUCCCGACUCGGGGAAACUUCUCAUCCUCUUCGCGCCGCACGUCGGCAUCGACGGCGAGGGGCGCGUGGGCAGAGCAGCCGCGCGAGGGGCAGAGGCUGCGCCCGAGCUGCCUUCCGCCAUCCAGGCCAAGGCGGAGCAGGCGAGGAAGGAGGGCUUGCUGCCGCCCUCGGCGGAGCUUGGAAUCAUCAUCGACCUGCUGACGCCGCGGCUUAAGGGUCUCGAGCAGGCAGCAGAGCCGAUCACCUUCGUGACGUACAUGAUGUACACGAUUGUGCGCGACCUGCUUGACAACUGCAUCAAGGAGACGCCCGACGUGUGGGAGUGGGCCUCCGAGGUUGCGCUCGUUGGGGGCGUGAUGGUCAACCGCAAGUCCGGCGGCGACUUCUUCCAGCCCCUCUCGUUUGAGCUGCGCCGCUCCGUGUCCGUCGCCAAUGGCCGGCCGACCGACGUUUACCGCGAGGCGUUUGGGCCGCGGCCCGACCUGCUGCCGAUCCUGGGCUCGGAGGACGCUGUCAGGAGAGUGCUCGGGCCGAGCAAGCCGGGGGAAGGAGCAGUGUCUCUCUGA